AUGGCGCAGACAUCAGGUAAUGUAAAUCUAACAGCACGAAGGCUAUCUCCUAUUACCUUUGCCCAGGUGAUUCAAGAGAAUUCCAAGCUUGCUAAAAUCUCCACAGAUGUCUGUAAGCCUGGCUCUGGCUCCUGGCAUCACUGCCUGGCUCCUGGCAUCACUGCCUGUACCUUUGAUGCAAAACUAGGCCAAAUUGAAGAGCACACGAGAAGAACAUAUGGCUCAGAUGGAAACAUAUCCAUGAAAAUUAAGGACCUGCGAGGAGAACUGCAGUCAGUGUUUCAGUGCACCCACCUCCAGACACUGUCAUUAGUCUCACUGCUCAGCUUGGCAGACUGCAGAGAUUUUCCGAGCCAUGCGUACUUCAGGAACUGUUCAACGCAGCGAGAUGACGGAGCAGAGGUGAGGCUUUCCAACGAGAAUACGGACCUGUCUGUAGGCCUACGAUCAAGUUGGCUGCUGUGUGCUUUGGUCGGUGGGCUGGUGUGGGAUGCUGUGUGGUGCAAGAACAUCUGCAAUAGGACUUGUCCCAACUGUUCACUGGCAGUGAACAUUUCCCCUAAGUUACCUGAAGACCAUAAUAAAACACUCCAGAGGCUGCUUAGUUCCAUCCAUGAACUGUAUAAUCAAUAUGAAAAGAAUGUGGCAAAGAAGAAAUGUGAAAAUCCCCUUUACCAGAAGCCCCUAAGUGAGGUGUGCCUCCCUGCUUACUCUAACGGUUGUGCCGAUAGCAGUAACAACUCUGCUUGUGCCAUUGACCAGGCUCUGAAGCUGGCUGAAGACUGGAUGUGCGAUGAAGGGCGCGACACGUUGGUGUGCUGUAUGAAGAAGAGAAGGUCUCUCUUCGAAAAAUAUGUGAUACGUAACUCAACUUGUCCCCAUAUUAAUUUGAAUUCUACUCAUGCCAAUGGAGCUUACCAAAAGAAGUGCGUUGGGCUGAAAAUCCUGGCCACACUAAAAUUAUGGCUGUACGAGUAUGUGUAUGAACAAGAACCACCUGAAUUCCCACGCAUCUCUUACAAUUCUGUCCUUUGAGAGGCUGCUAUGCUUCAUAAGUAAUUUGCAUGAGCCAUGUUCACUUAUAGGCUAUAAAUGUUCAUGACUGUCUGACAUUAUUACUCAAUUAAGCAUGUAAAUCAAUAUACUGUAUAGCAUAAAGGAUUGACAUGUUA